AUGAUUUUGAAAGUGAUUCUAACGACUUUAUUCUUUGUGGCAGGGAUAACUGCUCUUUCUGCUGCAGAAUGGCGCACACAGUCGAUCUACUUUCUUCUGACAGAUCGCUUCGGUCGGACUGACAACUCCACUACUGCAACGUGUGACACUGGAGAUCAGGCAAAUAAUACCCAUCAAUUAAUCUAUCGCCUUGAAGUUGCGGAAUCUUACUAUGGCCUUCUUAGAUUUAUUGCGGAGGCAGCUGGCAAGGUGUCAUUAAUCAUCAUCAAGCUUGAUUACAUCCAAGGAAUGGGCUUCACGGCCAUCUGGAUCUCACCUAUCACCGAACAACUCUCCCAGGAUACUAGCGAUGGAGAAGCCUACCAUGGAUACUGGCAACAAAAAAUAUACAAUGUCAAUUCUAAUUUCGGCGCUUCCAAUGACCUUGUUGCCCUCUCAGAUGCGCUUCAUGCACGGGGUAUGUAUUUAAUGCUGGAUGUUGUCCCUAAUCAUAUGGGAUACGCUGGAAAUGGGGAUGAUGUAGACUAUAGUGUCUUUGAUCCCUUUGACUCAUCCUCCUACUUCCACUCAUACUGUCUCAUUACUGAUUAUACUGACAUUGAGAUGGUUCAAGACUGUUGGGAGGGAGAUACAAUUGUUUCUUUGCCAGAUCUGAAUACGACGGAAACAGCAGUUCAGGAUAUCUGGUACGCUUGGGUUGCCGACCUGGUGGCUAAUUACUCAGUCGACGGACUGCGCAUUGAUAGCGUCCUUGAGGUUCAGCCUUCAUUCUUCCCUGCUUACCAAACUGCUGCUGGCGUCUACUGCGUGGGUGAGGUUGAUGACGGUGACCCAGCCUUGGACUGCCCAUACCAGGAGUAUUUGGAUGGAAUUCUCAACUACCCAAUAUACUACCAACUCUUGUACGCAUUUGAAUCCAGCAGCGGCAGCAUCAGCGAUCUCUACGAUAUGAUCAACUCGGUCGCGAGUGACUGUUCUGAUCCCACACUGCUGGGAAACUUCAUUGAGAACCACGACAAUCCUCGCUUUGCCUACUACACCUCAGACUACUCUCAAGCGAAGAAUGUUAUCUCAUUCAUGUUCUUCUCUGAUGGAAUCCCGAUUGUUUAUGCCGGACAAGAGCAGCAUUACAGUGGUGGUGCUGUGCCCUACGACCGUGAAGCCACUUGGUUGUCCGGAUACUCAACGACUGCAGAGCUGUACACUUGGAUCACCGCGACCAAUGCCAUCCGCAAGCUGGCAAUCUCGCUGGAUGAUGACUACAUCACAUACGCGAACGAUCCAUUCUAUACUGACGAUAAUACUAUUGCCAUGCGAAAGGGUACAUCAGAUCUACAAGUUAUCACAGUGCUGAGCAAUCGGGGUGCAGAUGGCUCUACCUACACUCUUACUCUGAGUGGCAGUGGAUAUGAUUCUGGAACGGAGCUCAUUGAGGCCUACACAUGCACAUCGGUGACAGUGAGCUCCAGUGGUGAUAUAGCCGUUUCGAUGGAAUCCGGACUCCCUAGGGUGUUUUUGCCAGCGUCUUCAUUUGACAACAGUGAUCUCUGUGGUGGAACCACCACGACUACCACAAGUACCAGUACAAGUACGACCUCAACUGCGACUAAAACAAGCACUUCCACGUGCACAACUGCAACAGAGGUCUCGAUUAUCUUUGAAGAAAUAGUCACAACUACCUAUGGUGAGGAGAUAUAUCUUAGCGGUUCCAUCUCCGAGUUCGGGUCAUGGGAUACCUCGGAUGCCUCCGAACUCUCGGCAGCAAAGUACACCUCUUCCAACCCGGAGUGGUACUUGGAAGUUACUUUGCCUGUGGGAACGAGCUUCGAGUACAAAUUUAUCAAGGUGGAGACUGACGGGACAGUCGUUUGGGAAAGCGAUCCUAACCGCAGUUAUACUGUACCGUCGUCCGUGUGCUCGGGAGUUGUUGAAACAGUGCAAGAUACAUGGAGAUAG